AAGCCUCGGAUGACCAAUGCCCAUGUAUAUGCUGUCAUUGACUCUCUCAACCCCGCCCUCAGAUGCGCCAUGUACAUAACAACCUCAGUUACUUCUUGCCGCCGACUGCUAUCGCAUCUCAAAACACAAUCCUCACGACUCAGUCCGCCCUGCCAUUUCAAAAGCAAACAGCAUUUUCCGAGAUACCGAGCAUUCUCAAACAACAUGUCUGACGUCGACGCUCUCACAAAGUUGGCCCACAAACUCGCAUCCGAGGGUCCACACAAGUAUGAAAAAACGCCCCGCCGUGUCCGUGGAUUACUCAAUGGCAAAUACAUCUUCGAUACCACCUCGGCCUACCUCGUAUGGGAACACUCAUAUUUUCCCCAUUUCUACAUACCCGUAGCUUCCCUCUCACCGACAACAACCUUGACAAAAACCUCCCCAAUUCAAAAUGCAAACGAUACCAUCCAUCUAGGCACCCUCAGCACAUCUUCCUCUUCAUCCUCCGAUCCCAGCAACACCCGCACCCCAACCGUUCUCAUCCUUAACAUCCCCACCUUGCCUGUGCCCCUCCUGAAAAUCCCUCCCCCCGCUUUAGACCAAUGGUUCGAAGAAGACAGCCCCCUCUACACUUCCCACCCAAAAGACCCCUACAAACGCAUUACCAUCCUCCCCUCCUCCCGCUCCGUCAAAAUCUCCCUGCGCUCCACCGUCCUCGCAUCAACCUCGCAUCCCUUCUUCUUGCAUGAAACGAGCUUGCCUGUGCGCAGCUAUCUGCCUCCCACAUCCGUCAACUGGGAGUAUCUGAGGAAGAGCGACACCACUACUUAUUGCCCGUACAAAGGCCAGGCCGAGUAUUACCAUGUUCAGAUUGGGGACGAGGUCUGGAAGGACGUUGUUUGGUAUUAUCGCUUCCCAGCCAGUGAGAGUGUGGAGAUUAAGGAUCUGGUGUGCUUCUAUGAUGAGAAGGUUGACGUCGAGGUCGAAGGGGUGGAAGAGGGGAAAUAG